AUGCCCCUACCAUCCGCAAAAUCAACACAACCCACACAAGAUACAAUAUACUUCAACUCUUGCCCAAUUGAUCCCAUAUGUUUCUCGGAAACAUGGCUGCCUAUGCGGAUAGCAGUGUAGGUCCAUCGCUUUUUACCGUUAUCGCGUGAACAAUGUUGCGUUAUCUUUGAUUCAUCGACUCCAAUAGAUUUUUUAACAUCUUCAGUUCUAUACUCGUUUUCCGCUCACUUUACUUAAUGCUGACGUGGAGCUUUGUUGAAUACAAAGUGUCUUUCAAAGGAAUUGCAAUAAAUAUGCAGAAAGCAUUACAAGUCACAUGAAUAAGUGGUAAAAAAUAAUAUGCAGGAUAAAUUGAGAACUGAUAUAUAGAUUAUACAAGGUUUGAAGAAAUGGGUUCAUAUGACAGGAAUCAAAGUGACAGAAGCAUUGGAAACAAUAGAGAAAUUGAUUGGUCUAGGUAUGGGCUUGGAAACGCAGAGAGAAGACCAUCUCGAUCAGAGAGUAGAGGACAUGAAGAACUUGGUCCUGAAAUGUAUCAAACUGGAACCAAUGAAUUAUUUGCACAAGAAUUUAAUUCGGACCCAUGGUGGAAAUCCAAUUUUUUUAUAUCUCAGCCAGUUUUGUUUGGAACAUGGGAUGGCGUGUUUACUUCCUGUUUGAUAAACAUAUUUGGAGUAAUAGUUUUUUUAAGAUGUGGGUGGAUGGUUGGUCAGGCGGGUGCUCUAAAUGCAGUAGUAAUAAUAUUUUGUACAGUGUUUAUUGCAUUAGUAUCUGUACUCUCAGCUAUAGGAAUUUGUGAAAGAUGUAGAGUAGAAAGUGGAGGAGUUUAUUUUUUACUUUCUCAUGUGUUAGGUUCAAGACUUGGAGGUUCUAUUGGUUUAUUGUACUGUUUUGGACAGGCUGUGGGAUGCGCCUUAAACGUUUUAGGCUUUGGUGAAUCCAUAGCUGGACUUGUGCAUUUGGAAACGCCAUGGGCACAACAAGGUUUUGCUUGCGCUGCAGUGAUACUUUUAUCAGGAAUUAAUCUUGCUGGUGUCAAGUGGGUGAUAAAGCUUCAAUUUUUACUUCUGUUAAUUUUAUUACUUGCUGGAUUUGAUUUUAUUGUUGGGAGUUUUACUCACAUUGAGCCAGAUGCUGGAUUUGAUGGAUGGUCAACAGAGAUUUUAAAAAAUAACACAUUUCCUUCGUACCAAGAAGGAUACAGCUGGUUUACUGUGUUUGGAGUAUUCUUUCCGACUGUAACUGGUGUACUUGCUGGUAUAAACAUGAGUGGUGAUUUGAGACAUCCUUCAACAGAUAUUCCUAAUGGUUCUUUAGCUGCUCUGAGUCUUAGCACAAUUUUGUAUCUUUGUUUUGCAUUAUUCCUUGCAUCGACAUGUACGAGAGUCACAUUACAACAGGAUUUUAUGAUUGCAUCAACAGUUUCGGCGUUUUCUUUUCUAUUACUCGCUGGUCUUUACGUAUCGUCAUUUAGUAGCUGCUUGGGAGCCAUGUACGGAACACCGCGUGUUCUCCAAUCGAUUGCUGGUCAAAAUGUUAUUCCAGGGAUAAGCUGCUUACAAAGAGGGAGAGGACCUAAUAAAGUACCAAUUUAUGCUCUAUGUGUUACUGCAAUAGUCACAGUUACAUUUAUUAUGGUUGGCGAAAUCAAUACUCUCGCGCCCAUAGUAACAAUGCCGUUUUUACUGACAUGGGCUGGCUUGGAUUACGCGUAUUUCGUUCUUGCACAAACAUUCGACUUGAGACAUUCUAGAGAGCAAAGAUUUUCCGCACAAUCUCCAUCGAUGGAUAGGAAUUACGUGACCUCAGAUAGAAAUGUACUGAUCGAUGCUGAAAAUGAUCUUGACAGUUUAUUCCCAGAAAGGACGCGGCAUAAAAAUAUUGUAAGAAAUUCCGUGAGCACCGAAAGUAAUGGAUUUGUCGACUCAUCGCCGAGCGUUGAAGAAAAUACCAGCGUUACGAGUGAAAUACAAAUGAAAGUUCAUAUACACGGAAAGUUGGGGAAUUGGUAUAGCCCUUUAUGCAAUAGAUGGUUGUCCCUCUUGGGCGCCUUGAUAAAAUUGUUGAUAAUGUUUUUGGUACACUGGGGUUACGCACUGGCAAAUAUAAUCGUCUGUUUCCUGGUUUGGAGUUAUAUUGGUCAUGCGAAUCCAGCUGUUAAACCUGGUGUGUCGUCGGAAUUUAAAUUCCUUACGUGGCUUAAAAAUUCUAUUCUUAGAUUGAUGGGAAGGAAAGUUUACGACUACGAACAAAUUGUCGUAACGCCAGUACACCCAGGCGUCGAAACAAGUUCGGCACAGUUAAAUGAAGAGAAUGAAGACUUCGCAGGCAGACGACGCUAUCAUCAAAUCGCUAACGUCACUGGUGAAUACGUGACCGUUGAAUAAAAAAAUCGUCUUUAAUUGAGAUUCUAAUCCCUAUAGCAAUUUUUCAAAGUAUUUUUAGACAGUCUACCAUUUUCUCGAGACAGCUUUAAUCUAGUAAGAAAUAUUUUUAAGUGAACAACAAAUUAAAAAAAAAGAAAGCGAUAAUCACGUUUGAAGAAAAAGUGAAGGCAAUAUAAAUAGCUUAUUUACAAUUUUUGUUGUCUUCUUUUUUCACGCAAGAACCACAUGAUUGAUGAGAUUGACGCACAGCCUAACAAAUUUUAUAUUGUCUCCUUUGAUUAUGUAUUACUGCUUAAUCGAAUGACACGACGACGUAACGUAUUAACCAAAGAAAACGAGGGUCCACUUUGACGUGUAUGUUUUUGCAUGUUUUUUUGGUCGCAAACUUAUACACGAGAUAGCUAAUCAAGAAGAUUAUUGUAUUUUAUUUAUGAGAUGUAUCGUUGAAUGAAAUUAACCGUAUUAUAUAUAUUAUACAAAUUUAUAUAUCCGCGAGGAAGUAUGAGUGAAAAUAAAUUGCGUUAGCUCGACAACCGAUUGACUUCGAGGCAAUGCGUGAUUUGUAAUACUCUGUAUAAUAAUUAUAAUUAAACGCAUAAUAAUAUCGCGUACGUUUAUACUUUUAACGUUUAUGCUAGUUUUUAGAGAUUCGCGCUGAGGCAAUAGCUGACGUAUGAAUUAUGUGUGUAUGAAGUAAAGUCAUAACUUCUCAUCACGAGUGAUUAAUUUUUAUAUUGGUAUGAUGACUGAUAACGAAAAGCAUUUUUCUCAAUAAAA